GCUGAAUAUGAGGUUGAACUAUUUGCCUGUCUCACUUAAUCUGCUAACCACCGCCUUUCUUGCAUUCAAACUCGACGCAGAUUAUUUUUCCCACUUGUGCAAAACGGACCCUGUUCCUUUGCAAAUUUUGUCCUAAACUCAAUUCUUCAACACAUUGAUACUUGGAAUAAGCCUUCGCUCUUCUUCUUUCUGUUCAAACUAACUGAAUUGUCAACAUGCCCGUAACAUCACUCCAGCCUCGAGGGCUUAACCAUUUCGCUUAUGCUACAUUGAAUAUGGACGAGACCCAUCACUUCUGGACUCAAAUUAUGGGUUGCAAGUUUUUGGGCGCAUAUGCAUUUAAGGAAUCCGGUCAUGACAAGCCUAUUCCAGACAGCUACGUGCAUAGUCUGUAUGGCAUGUCUGAUGGCUCGGCUUUGGCUUUUUUCGAGCUUGGAAAAGGAUAUGAGAAGAAAGAUGACGGCAUCCCCACAUACACGAAGCAUCUUGCUCUGACUUGUGAUAGCAAGGAGCAAGUGAAACAAUGGCACGAACAUUUCAGUGCACACGGGCUCGAUGUUAUAGGAGAGAUUGAUCAUGAAGGAAUGUGGCUUUCAAUUUACGUGACCGACCCUUCCGGUCUCAUAAUCGAACUUACGUACCAAUCGCACACUUUCGACGAUGACGAUGCCAUAGAGGGCCUAGAGGUCUUGAAACAGUGGCGGAAGGACAAAGUCUCCGCAAAGCAGUACAGCUGAGACCUUUCAAAUUACAUACCAAAUAAUCGUUCAAGUGUCGUUCAAGUUGAAAAAUUCACGUUCCAGCGUCUGUGGUCUUUUACACUGGAUCAUGCCACAUGAGUAAAUGUAGCAAACCUAGGAAGACUCAGUUUACUAAAACUACUAAACUUAAUGAAAG